AUGGCCGAAGACCCUCGUUGCAAAAGUCAAGCAUCGGCUACGCUACACGUACGACCUGCUGAGACUCCCCCAGCACCAGGCGCUGACCGAUUCCAGCGGGUGGGACUAUGGAAUCCAGCUCAUGGACUACGUUUUGCGACGACAGCGGCGGCCGAAGCGUCUAAGUCGGACUCUAUCCAUGAAGCCGCCGAGACUGUGUCUUCACGUAUAGAUGAAUCAGCUGCGACGAUUCGCACUGACGAGUCCUCUCCGAACACUCGAAACGAAGCAAACGAUGCUACCGGACACACCGAGGAAGUUGCUGUAGAGGGCACUUCAGAGAGCGACGAUUCUAGCGGUGUUUCAUCUCAGCCCGAGACCGAGACCGAAUCCAAGGACGACGAAGAAGAUAAUGCAGAUGAACACGUUUCUCUCACAUAUCAGAUCCCAGAGGAAAGGUUGCGUGCUGCUAUGCUUGCCGCUCCCAACACACGGGACAGUUAUUGGAGUGCCAAACUCUAUCAAGGACCUGAUGGCGAAUCUCUCUCCACCCAUUACUGCAAGUCUUUCGAUGUUGCUGAAAGGGUGGCUAAGUAUUUUUUACAAGAGAAGGUAGUUGGCUUCGACAUUGAAUGGAAGCCUCGUGGAAAUCCAUAUUCGAUCAAGCAGAAUGCUUCAUUGAUUCAGCUGGCUUGCGAAGAUCGAAUCGCACUCUUUCAUGUGUCGCUUUUCUCCGGAAGCAAAGCGGAGCAACUAAUGCCUCCCAGUCUGAAGGCUGUCCUCGAAUCACCAGACAUCUACAAAGUAGGUGUGUCUAUCAAGGGCGACUUCAAGCGCCUAGAGAAGUACCUCAAUGUUCAGCCUCAGGGGGUUUUCGAGCUGAGCCGCUUGCAUAACCUAGUUGAGUGGUACGGGGUAGAGCCUAGCAAAGUCUCAAAGAGGGUUGUGAACCUCGCUUCCCAAGUGCUGCAGCAUCUGCAGCUGCCCUUGUAUAAAGGCGAGCAGUUAGCCGACGACUCCGAAACAACACCUAGCGUUCGGGAAAGUGACUGGAGUCUUCCUUUAGAUGUGCAGCAGAUACACUACGCAGCUGCUGACGCGUAUGCUGGAUUUCGCCUGUAUCAUAUGCUCGAAUGGAAAAGGACACGGAUGAAGCCGGCCCCUCCUCCAGUAGCUCUUUGCGAUUUUGAUAACAAGCCUUCACCAAGGCCCAAGGAAUCCCGCAAGAGAAUCAAGAAGUCCAAGGACGUAGCAGACACAACUGUAAAGUCCGCAGUUGACGUGGCUGAAGACCAACAAGAAGACGAAGGAGACACCGAAGGUUACGAGACAGCGACAGAGGAAUUUGCUGACAGCCAUCAACUCGAAGAAUCACUGUAUGCAACAUCGACAAUUGUCUCUGCAGGUGGCGCGGACAAGACCCACGUGUCCCAAUCCACCCGAAGCAGUGAUCUAGAAAAGACGGAGAGAAUGGGAGCUGAAAGCAUAAUUUCUCCUGAAAAGCGGGUUGGUCGAGUGAACCUCUCCCGGCUCGACCAUACUAAUUUUGGAUACCCUAAACUGCCUGAGACAUCACAAGAGGAAGACACAGAAACACUACCCUCUGCACUGUCUAAAGAAGAUGUUGGUGUGCAGCUAGAGGGUCAAGACAAGGGUGUUUCCUUUCAGAGGCAAAAAGCUGAUGAUGACGAAUUUGCAGACCCAGAACUUGAAGAUGCACUCAGACGUAUGACUCUAGACGACAGUGGAAGGUUGACAGAAGAUGCGAACGGCCUAGCAUUGGAGCAUACUUCCCCUGACCUUCACGAACCUAACGGGCCUAUCCCAGCACCACAACCGGACAUUGGUCUCCUGGACGAGCCAUCACGAACACCCGAAUACAACUUGGCGACAACAUGGGCACAAGAGCAUCUUCAACUUACCAUCCCAUCGCCUUCCUCGACAGCACCCUCGCGUAUACGUGCAACCGUGACGCACCUUCGCGCUUAUCAUAUGUGGUAUUACCAGAAGCUUUCGAUUGAUAGGAUGACCCAAAUUUUGCGAGAUCCGCCGCUCUCAAGUAAUACGGUCGCAAGCUAUAUCUUGCAGGCAAUUACGUUGGAGCGACUCGAAUACGAGAAAGAGUCCCUUAGAGACGUAUUGAUGGUGAUGCCUUCCGGGGUGCGAAAGGGACGAUGGAGGGCGCUAGCAGAGGAAGUCGAUGCGCUGGAAUGA